AUGGGUGGUGUGUGCAGCACAUGCUGCGGCCAGCGCCGCAAGAACAACUAUGAGCCCCUUUUGCUCGAGAAUGAACGCGAGGCUGUCGCAGACCUCUUGCAGUAUCUGGAAAGCUCACCCCUCGCGGCGCUCACAACUCUGUCCUUUUCCGAUAACGUCGACCUUCAACGUUCGGCUGCGUUAGCCUUCGCAGAGAUUACUGAGAAGGAGGUCCACGAAGUCGGCCGCGACACUCUGGACCCCGUCCUCUAUCUCUUAACCAGCCAUGACAGCGAGGUGCAGCGCGCUGCCAGCGCCGCGCUCGGCAAUCUGGCCGUCAAUGGCCUUGAACCGUUGAUCAGGCAAAUGCUGAGCCCCAAUGUCGAGGUUCAGUGCAAUGCUGUCGGAUGCGUGACCAACCUGGCUACUCAUGGUGAGUUUUUCUGUCAAGAGGCUCGUGCUCAUGCCCUAGAUGAAAACAAGACUGCUAUCGCCAAGUCUGGCGCUCUUGUUCCACUCACGCGUCUGGCCAAGUCAAAGGACAUGCGCGUUCAGCGUAAUGCCACCGGUGCUCUCCUCAACAUGACUCACUCUGAAAAGUACCAGGUGGAGAUUGUCAAGGCCGAUGGCCUGAAGCCUCUGCUGCGCCUCCUGCACUCGUCGUAUCUCCCUCUUGUUCUCUCUGCAGCGGCUUGUGUCCGCAACGUGUCGAUUCACCCCGCCAACGAGUCGCCCAUCAUCGAGGCUGGCUUCCUCCAGCCGCUCAUUGGUCUGUUGUCGUUUGACGAGAACGAGGAGGUGCAGUGCCAUGCGAUUUCGACGCUGCGCAACCUUGCUGCCAGCAGUGAGAGCAACAAGGGCGCCAUUGUCGAAGCUGGAGCCGUCGAUCGUAUUCAGGAGCUGGUUCUUCAAGUUCCGCUUGCCGUGCAGAGCGAGAUGACUGCCUGCGUUGCAGUUCUUGCGCUUAGCGACAACCUCAAGCCUCAGCUCCUUGAAAUGGGCAUUUGCGAGGUGCUCAUUCCUCUCACCAACUCGCCCAGUGUGGAAGUGCAGGGCAACAGUGCGGCCGCUCUCGGAAACCUAUCCAGCAAGGCUGCCGAGGACUAUGCCCCGUUCAAUGCCGUGUGGAACAAGCCUGACGGAGGACUACACGCGUAUCUCGUCCGAUUCCUUAGCAGCGCAGACACGACGUUCCAGCACAUCGCCGUGUGGACGAUUGUUCAGCUGCUGGAGGCUAAGGACCCCCAACUGACGAGCAACAUUCGCAACUCUACGAUUCUCAUCUCCUCGAUUCGCCAGCUGGCCGACUCUGCACCCUCAGACAGUCAACCGAAGCUUCACUCGGACGACGAAUUUGACGAGGACGGAAUGUUUGAGGACGGAGAGGGGGAGAUCUAUGGGCUUGCGAAGCGCAUCUUGGAGCUGGUGGACGGAGACGGCGAAGACAAGCAAGGUGCCCAGCAAGGCGAAGACGGUGAGGAGGAUCACGCAGCCCUGAGGGCCAGCGUUCACAAGGCCUUACGGGGGCAGUAA